AUCUUUAUGACAAUGUAUAUUGUGGUUGUGGUGAUUUUGAGCUAACAUAUCCUGACCAUUUGGUUAAUUUAACUUGCUUUCCCAUACAUUAUAUAAUAUGUUGAUCUGAGGUUGUGUGUAGAAAUGACACCUGCCUUGUGCACACCUCCCUGGCACAGAUCUAGCCCCUCCCCUGUUACAUGCAGGCGUUCUAACACUCACUGCUUCCCUCUGAAGGGCUGGACAAACCCUGCUUAUCCAAUCAGUGGUCUGUCAGAGGCUCGGCAUUCCCAGCACUUGAAUGAAGAGCAUAUCUGUGUCACUGUGUGCGUGUGGCUUAUGAAGGAGACACUGGUUUAACCUACUUCUGCUUAAAGAAGCCAGACAUAUUCCUGGAAAAUGGCUCUUAAAUUGUGAAUGGCAUUGGAUCUGUGUCUAAUUUGGAAUUGGGGUGCUUGGAUAUCUCUGAUGAGAAGGGAAUUUUUAGUAUGGAAAUGUAACCUCUGAUUGGGAAUAUCCAGCUGAACAGCAUUUCUUAGGUAGGUAAGACCCACAAUCCACUGCAAUGGCACCAAGAAAAAGGAAUAGCAGAGGGAUUUCUUUUAUAUUCUGCUGUUUUCGAACCAAUGAGCAUCCAGAGAUCACUUACCGCUUACGAAAUGACAGCAGCGGCGCUUUGCAGCCAAUGGAGCUAUCGAUCCCGAUGCCUCCCACUGAUGAACUGGAUGCCAUGUUUACAGAGCUGGUGGAUGAGUUGGAUCUCACCGACAAGCACAGGGAGGCCAUGUUUGCUCUUCCAGCCGAGAAGAAAUGGCAGAUCUAUUGCAGCAAGAAAAAAGACCAGGAAGAAAACAAAGGAGCGACAAGUUGGCCAGAGUUUUACAUCGACCAGUUGAAUUUAAUGGCAGCUAGAAGAACGUUGCUGGCAAUGGAGAAAGAAGAUGAAGACGAACGCAGCAAAACUAUAGAAAGUCUGAAGACUGCGCUGAGAACAAAACCAAUGAGGUUUGUAACCAGAUUUAUAGAUUUGGACGGGUUAACGUGUAUCUUGAACUUCCUAAAACACAUGGACUAUGAAAUUGCAGAGUCACAGAUACAUACCUCUCUCAUUGGCUGCAUCAAGGCGCUAAUGAACAACUCUCAGGGACGGGCGCAUGUUCUGGCCCAUUCUGAGAGCAUCAAUGUGAUUGCUCAGAGUCUCGCCACAGAGAAUAUAAAAACGAAAGUAGCGGUGCUUGAAAUCAUGGGAGCCGUGUGCUUGGUUCCUGGAGGUCAUAAAAAGGUUUUAGAAGCCAUGUUGCACUACCAGAAAUACGCCAGUGAACGGACACGCUUCCAGACCCUUGUUAAUGAUUUGGACCGGAGUACAGGAAGGUAUCAGGAUGAAGUAAACCUAAAAACUGCCAUCAUGUCCUUUAUUAAUGCCGUUCUAAGCCAAGGAGCUGGCGUGGAAAGUUUGGACUUCAGACUUCAUCUUCGUUACGAGUUUCUGAUGUUGGGAAUACAACCGGUCAUCGAUAAACUGAAGGAGCACGAGAAUUCCACACUGGACAGGCAUUUAGAUUUUUUUGAAAUGCUGAGGAAUGAAGACGAACUGGAGUUUGCCAAAAGAUUUGAUCUGGUUCAUAUUGACACCAAGAGCGCAACACAGAUGUUCGAGUUAACAAGAAAGAGAUUGACACACACAGAAUCCUACCCACAUUUUAUGUCAAUACUUCACCACUGCCUCCAAAUGCCUUAUAAAAGAAGUAACACUGUGCAUUACUGGCUACUUCUAGACAGGAUAGUUCAACAAAUCGUCAUACAGAAUGACAAGGGACAGGAUCCUGACAUCUCUCCGCUGGAAAAUUUUAAUGUUAAAAAUGUGGUUCGGAUGCUGGUCAAUGAAAAUGAGGUCAAGCAGUGGAAGGAACAAGCUGAAAAAAUGAGAAAAGAGCACCACGAGUUGCAGCAGAAAUUGGAAAAGAAAGAACGAGAAUGUGAUGCAAAAUCUCAGGAGAAAGAUGAGAUGAUGCAGACCCUGAAUAAGAUGAAAGAGAAACUAGAAAAGGAAUCUACGGAAUACAAGCAAGUGAAGCAGCAGGUGUUGGACCUCACGGCACAGAUUCAGGAGCUCAACAGGAGGGCAGCCAGUGCUCCUGUUCCUGGUGGUCCCCCUCUUCCUCCUGCGGCACCCGGUGGUCCCAUACCUAUUCCUUUUGGAGGUCUCAUGCCACCUCCUCCACCACCACCUUUUCCUGGUGGAUGUGCCCCUCCACCACCACCACCACCGCCGCCAGGAGGCCCCCCUCCACCCCCUGGUCCUCCUCCGCUAGGCACACUAACAGCACCUCCCGGGGCACCUCUAGGUCCUGCGUUGAAAAAGAAAAAUAUCCCUCAACCGAAAAACCCCUUAAAGUCUUUUAACUGGUCGAAGCUACCAGAGAACAAGCUGGAAGGAACUCUCUGGGUAGACAUUGAUGAUGCAAAAGUAUUCAAAAUAUUAGAUUUAGAAGAUAUUGAACGCACUUUCUCUGCUUACCAAAGACAGCAGCUGCAGGAGUUCUUCAUAACGAACAGCAUCAAGCAGAAAGAAACCGAUUCCAACGAGGACACAAUUGGUUCAAAGAAGGUGAAGGAGCUUUCAGUGAUAGAUGGGAGGAGAGCUCAGAACUGUAACAUUCUCCUCUCCAGGCUGAAGUUGUCUAAUGAAGAAAUAAAGCGAGCGAUGCUGACCAUGGAUGAGCAGGAGGAUCUUCCUAAAGACAUGCUGGAGCAGCUGCUAAAAUUUGUUCCUGAAAAGGCUGACGUAGACUUGCUGGAAGAGCACAAACAUGAACUAGAUCGUAUGGCUAAAGCAGACAGAUUCCUUUUUGAGAUGAGCAGGAUUAAUCACUAUCAACAGAGGCUGCAGUCUUUGUACUUCAAAAAGAAGUUUGCUGAGAGAGUUGCUGAGGUCAAACCAAAGGUGGAAGCAAUCCGCUCCGCAUCCAAAGAGGUUCUGCAGAGUAAGAGCAUGAGGCAGCUGCUGGAGGUCGUUCUUGCCUUUGGAAACUACAUGAACAAAGGCCAGCGGGGCAACGCUUACGGGUUUAAAAUCGGCAGCUUAAAUAAGAUCGCAGAUACCAAAUCCAGCAUUGACAAGAACGUCACCCUUUUGCACUAUCUUAUUACUGUGGUGGAGAAGAAGUAUCCCAAAAUUGUAAAUUUGCAUGAAGAGCUGCAGAGUAUUCCUGGGGCUGCAAAAGUGAAUAUGACAGAACUGGAGAAAGAAAUCAGCACUUUAAGGAAUGGCUUGAAAUCUGUGGAGAGUGAGCUGGAUUAUCAGAAGACGCAGCCGACACUGCCAGGGGACAAGUUUGUGUCUGUGGUCAGCCAGUUCAUUACCGUAGCCGGCUUUAGCUUUUCUGAUGUGGAGGAGCUUCUAGCAGAAUCUAAGGAAUUGUUUGUGAAAUCUACAAAACACUUUGGGGAAGAGGCCAGCAAAAUGCAGCCUGACGAGUUCUUUGGGAUUUUCGAUCAGUUUCUUCAGGCGCUAUCAGAAGCCAAACAGGAGAACGAGAACAUGAGGAAGAAAAAGGAAGAGGAGGAACGUAGAAUUCGCAUGGAAGCUCAGCUUAAAGAGCAGCGGGAGAAAGAGAGGAAAGCCAGGAAGGCAAAAGAGAACGGGGAGGAGGAGGGAGAGUUUGAUGACCUGGUGUCGGCCUUACGAUCGGGUGAAGUGUUUGACAAGGACCUUUCCAAACUGAAACGGAAUCGCAAACGUAUAAACAACCCAAUAACAGAAAGCAGCCGGGAGAGGCCGGUCACAAAACUCACUUAUUAAUCCCCCUCUAGAUGCUUCCUGUAUUCUAUAACACUGCCUUGUACGUGCGUCUGUAUAAGACUGAGAGCAACGUGUGUACAUAUGUACAUUAUGUAAAAUAAUAUGUGCACACAUAUAUGUAUAUAGUUUGAAAGAGGCUGUGCGCAUACCAAAUGUGUGAGUAUUGCAGUAUUCUGUAUAUUUGUGUACAGAACGUCACAUGUAUACACACCCACUGUGAGUAGGAAAUCCUUUUUUUUUUUUUUUUUUUAAAUACAAAAUAAUUUUUCUAGUGCAAAAGCACAAAGCAGAACCUGCAAGAAAGAAGGCAAAAAGCAUUCCUUAUAAACAAUCUGCAAGAAUGGUGGUAAAUAGCAUUGCUUACCAAGUGCAAUACCCAAAUAAAAAGCAUUGCUAACCAUGUGCAAGACCCGAAUACAAAGCAUUGCUUACCAAGUGCAAUACCCGGAUACAAAGCAUUGCUUACCAUGUGAAAAACCCAAGGUAAAGAGAUUUGCUUACCAACUGCAAGACCCAAGGUAAAGAGCAUUGCUUACCCAAGUUAAAGAGCGUUGCUUACCAACUGCAAGACCCAAGGUAAAGAAAAGAGCGUUGCUUACAAACUGCAAGACCAAGGUAAAGAGCAUUGCUUACCCAAGUGCAAGACCCAAGGUAAAGAGUGUUGCUUACCAACUGCAAGACCCACGGUAAAGAGCUUUGCUUACCAACUGCAAGACCCACGGUAAAGAGUUUUGCUUACCAACUGCAAGACCCAAGGUAAAGAGCAUUGCUUACCAACUGCAAGACCAAAGGUAAAGAGCAUUGCUUACCAACUGCAAGACCCAAGGUAACGAGCAUUGCUUACCAACUGCAAGACCAAAGGUAAAGAGCAUUGCUUACCAACUGCAAGACCCAAGGUAAAGAGCGUUGCUUACCAACUGCAAGACCCAUGGUAAAGAGCGUUGCUUGCCAACUGCAAGACCCACCAAACAAUAAGCUGCAAUUAUGACGGCACAAAGCAUUGCUUACCAACUGCAAGAAAUACUGUAAACCUGUUUCUCACAAACAAACUGCAAGAAAACCGCAACAAAAGCGCAGCUAUCAGACACAUGGAUCCGUUUGUUGCUGGAUUAUUUUGGAUACCAUUCAGUUAUUGAGGAUUAUAAAUUAGUCUCCCAGUUUUAAAAGUUGGAGAAGAAACUGCAAAACCUGUUUUAUAUUAACCAAAGCAAAAUAAAAUAGAACCAAUAUAUAAUUUAUCUUGUGCAUCGUUUUCUUCAGUGUUUCAAGACUGGGACACUAAUAGAUAAAUCCAAACGUUGGUGCUCCUUUCAAAAACAAUAAUGGACCAAUAUCUGUACUGACAUUAUGCAUAUUAAACACAUAUAAUAACAGAAAUAGCACUGAUCUAUCAUCUCAUUACUACUGAACGCAUGAUUUGGCUUCCAAUAAGUUUAGGAUUAUUUUUUUUUAAAAAGGUGUUUUUGAUUGAACAAUAUUUAAAUUCACUAUUAUGUUGUCAAGAAAAGUGCUCAUUGCUUUUUUUUUUUAUGCUGGAACAUUUAAUAGGCCAACACGAAGCUUUGCAACUUAGCUGUCCAUCAAUAAAACAUUCCUACUUAGAUCAAUGAUACAGUUAAGAAUAAUACGCUGGUUUUAUAGCGAGUUACAGCGGAAUGUAGCACCAAAAGGAAUAUCACUGACUCCAAAAUCCAAAAUGGUUGCCAUUGAAGCAGUUUUGCCAUCUCAUUGGAUGAACCUUACCCCAAUCUCUAGCCCUAAACCUGUCUUAGAUCUGUCUUCAGGAUGUCAUUGAAACUGUUGCCAGGAUAUUGUGUCUGGAUGUCUUAUGGUAUCAUUCAUGGUUUCCUUUACCAACUUGCUCAAUCUGUAAGAGACGUCUCAGGGACCUCUGAUUACAUCUUUCGAAAGAUUGUGACUUUAUAAACAAGCUGAGAUUACGUUAAUUACAAUAUUCUUGCCAUGUUGCUGGAUAUAUUAUCUGUUCUCGAUCUGAAUGCGGCUAUGAAUAUGCUACUGGUUUUAAAGGGAUUAUAUGACCCCAAGACAGGAUACAUUUAAAGGGACAUAAACCCCAAAACAAUUAUUUCAUGAUUCAGAUAGAAAAUACAAUUUAAACAACUUUCCAGUGUUCUUCUAUUAUCAGAUUAUCUUAAUUUUGUUGAAAAUCAGGAAGGUAAGUUCAGGAGUGUGCACGUGUCUGCAGUAAUCAGUGGCAGCAGUUUUGCAGCAAUGUUAUACAUUAGCAAGAGCACUAGAGGGCAGCACUAUUUCCUGUCAUGUAUUACUAAUGUUAUACAUUAGCAAGAGCACUAGAUGGCAGCACUAUUUCCUGUCAUGUAGUACUAAUGUUAUACAUUAGCAGGAGAACUAGAUGGCAGCACUAUUUCCUGUCAUGUAGUACUGUUAUACAUUAGCAAGAGCACUAGAUGGCAGCACUAUUUCCUGUCAUGUAGUACUAAUGUUAUACAUUAGCAAGAGCACUAGAUGGCAGCACUAUUUCCUGUCAUGUAGUACUAAUGUUAUACAUUAGCAGGAGCACUAGAGGGCAGCACUAUUUCCUGUCAUGUAGUACUGUUAUACAUUAGCAAGAGAACUAGAUGGCAGCACUAUUUCCUGUCAUGUAGUACUGUUAUACAUUAGCAAGAGCACUAGAUGGCAGCACUAUUUCCUGUCAUGUAGUACUAAUGUUAUACAUUAGCAAGAGCACUAGAUGGCAGCACUAUUUCCUGUCAUGUAGUGCUAAUGUUAUACAUUAGCAAGAGCACUAGAUGGCAGCACUAUUUCCUGUCAUGUAGUGCUAAUGUUAUACAUUAGCAAGAGCACUAGAUGGCAGCACUAUUUCCUGUCAUGUAGUACUAAUGUUAUACAUUAGCAAGAGCACUAGAUGGCAGCACUAUUUCCUGUCAUGUAGUACUAAUGUUAUACAUUAGCAAGAGCACUAGAUGGCAGCACUAUUUCCUGUCAUGUAGUACUAAUGUUAUACAUUAGCAAGAGCACUAGAUGGCAGCACUAUUUCCAGUCAUGUAGUACUAAUGUUAUACAUUAGCAAGAGCACUAGAUGGCAGCACUAUUUCCUGUCAUGUAGUGCUAAUGUUAUACUUUAAGAAGAGCACUAGAUGGCAGCACUAUUUCCUGUCAUGUAUUACUAAUGUUAUACAUUAGCAAGAGCACUAGAUGGCAGCACUAUUUCCUGUCAUGUAGUACUAAUGUUAUCUAUUUGCAAGAUCACUAGAUGGCAGCACUGUUUCCUGUCAUGUAGUACUAAUGUUAUACAUUAACAAGAGCACUAGACGGCAGCACUAUUUCCUGUCAUGUAGUACUAAUGUUAUACAUUAGCAAGAGCACUAGAUGGCAGCACUAUUUCCUGUCAUGUAGUGCUAAUGUUAUACUUUAAGAAGAGCACUAGAUGGCAGCACUAUUUCCUGUCAUGUAUUACUAAUGUUAUACAUUAGCAGGAGCACUAGAUGGCAGCACUGUUUCCUGUCAUGUAGUACUAAUGUUAUACAUUAACAAGAGCACUAGACGGCAGCACUAUUUCCUGUCAUGUAGUACUAAUGUUAUACAUUAGCAAGAGCACUAGAUGGCAGCACUAUUUCCUGUCAUGUAGUGCUAAUGUUAUACUUUAAGAAGAGCACUAGAUGGCAGCACUAUUUCCUGUCAUGUAUUACUAAUGUUAUACAUUAGCAGGAGCACUAGAUGGCAGCACUAUUUCCUGUCAGUAGGACUAAUGUUAUCUAUUUGCAAGAUCACUAGAUGGCAGCACUGUUUCCUGUCAUGUAGUACUAAUGUUAUACAUCAGCAAGAGCACUAGAUGGCAGCACUAUUUCCUGUCAUGUAGUACUAAUGUUAUACAUUAGCAGGAGCACUAGAUGGCAGCACUAUUUUCUGUCAGUAGGACUAAUGUUAUCUAUUUGCAAGAUCACUAGAUGGCAGCACUAUUUCCUGUCAUGUAGUACUAAUGUUAUCUAUUUGCAAGAUCACUAGAUGGCAGCACUAUUUCCUGUCAUGUAGUACUAAUGUUAUCCAUUAGCAAGAGCACUAGAUGGCAGCACUAUUUCCUGUCAUGUAGUACUAAUGUUAUACAUUAGCAAGAGCACUAGAUGGCAGCACUAUUUCCUGUCAUGUAGUACUAAUGUUAUACAUUAACAAGAGCACUAGAUGGCAGCACUAUUUCCUGUCAUGUAGUACUAAUGUUAUACAUUAGCAGGAGCACUAGAUGGCAGCACUAUUUCCUGUCAUGUAGUACUAAUGUUAUACAUUAGCAAGAGCACUAGAGGGCAGCACUAUUUCCUGUCAUGUAGUACUAAUGUUAUACAUUAGCAAGAGCACUAGAUGGCAGCACUAUUUCCUGUCAUGUAGUGUUCCAGACAUGUGCACACUAUCUAGAUAUCUCUUCAACAAAAAAUAACAUGAGAACAAAGCAAAUUUUAUAAUAGAAGUAAAUUGAAAACCUUUUUGUUAAAUUGUAUUCUCUAUAUAAAAAUGAAAGAAAAAUAAUUGGGUUUCAUGUUCCUUUAAAUGGUCACUAAGGAUAAAAUAUAUAACAAUUAAUAGGCAUGUGCAUUUGGAUAGUUAGUGGGGAUCUUAAUGCGGAAGUAAGGAGCCGCUCAUUCCCUUCAGAUAUUUUCGCAGCCGGAUCGAUUCCUGUAAAAGAUCCCUACUCUAAACGAUCUGUGCUAAUCCAAAUCUUACAGUGGGGAUCUUUUACAGGAAUCGAUCCGGCUUGGAAAACAUCCGAAUGUAACGAGCGGCUCCUUACUUCCGCAUUCGAAUCCUCAAUAACAAUCCGAAUGUGCAGCCCUAACAUUAAUCAGAUGUCUAAAAAAAUCUAAUUUAGAAUUCAUGUUUAAAAACAGUUUUUUGCUUCUUCUUGCAUUUUACUGAGUGUAAAUGCAGCUAAAAUGUUGCUUAUACCCUUUAAAGCAGAAAAGUUAAAUUAAUUAAAGGGACAUUACAAUGUUUGUUUCUUUGUUGCAUUUACAAGAGGGUAUUUUUAAAAUCUAUUUUUGAAUUUUUUACUGAAAUAAAACUACAUUUUGAUUUUGUGCUGAUGGAGAUGUGUCCCAAUAGAAGUGGGAGUUUUCCUUAUCAGCCAAUGAACAGUUCCCCUAGGUAUGAUUAUACAUUUAUAAAGUUUUGGGUUUUUUACAUAAUCCUUUUUCUGUUGAAAACUAAAAAUAAUAAAAAAUGUGAUUUGUUUAAUUGCUGCUCUUUCAUACAAACUACAACAAUUUGUAUUAAAUUGUUUACAAAUAACUCCUUUGUCUUUAUAUCGGCAUUUAAAAUAGCUGCCUUUGGUAUUCCUACCUAUAUUGUUUCUAUACUUAAAGGGCCACUAAACCCAAAAUCAUUCUUUCAUGAUUCAGAUAGAGAAUAGAAAUUUAAACAACAUUACAAUUUACUUCUAUUUAUUUUGCUUCAUUUUUUAGAUAUCCUUAGUUGAAGAAAAAGCAAUGCACAUAGUGAGCCAAUCACAUGAGGCUUCUAUGUGCAGCAACCAAUCAGCAGCUAGUGAGCAUAUCUAGAUAUACUUUUCAGCAAAGAAUAUCAAGAGAAUAAAAUAAAUUAGAUAAUAUAAGUAAAUUAGAAAGAUGUUUAAAAUUGCAUUCUCUUUCUAAAUCAUGAAAGAAAAAAUGUGGGUGUCAUGUCCCUUUAAGUAUAGGCUAUUGACAAGCUAUGAAAACACAGGCAGCAGAAGAAAUUACACUCCAAGUGGGGAGUAGGAAAGAGAAAGUUGUAAAAUGUUAAUUCUCAUUUGUUCUUAUUGUAUAUAGACAAAAAAAAAAGAAAGGGAAGCAUUUGAGUGAUAAGAUAAGGAUGUCUGAUCUCUCUGUAAGCUUAGCCUAUUUUGAUGGGUUGUGGUUACAAAGAACCCAUCCAGCUAUUUAAUUUACAAAAAGAAACACUAAGGAGGAAUUUAUCUUACAUUUUAUACUCUGCAGCUUGUAUGACAAGUCAUUGGGAAAACAUUAAGGGGAAACCAAUUUUAAAGUACAAGGUCCCUUUAAUGGGGUUUCAGCCAUACUGAAUUGUGCUUUAAUAAUGCUUUUUAACAUAUUAGGAAAAUGAAAAAAAUAAAGUUUUUUUUUAACAGUUUUAUUGAGAUAUAUAUAUGGAAAAUUAUUUAAAAGACUAGUUAUACAAGGGAAGGAGCCAUUAAGCAAAAUUCAAUACUAAACUAUUGGUAAAAAAAAAGUCAUAUUGGUAAAAUUGCUGUUACUGAACUGAUAAAUAUAAUCCUUUCUUGGGGGCAUAACAUUCUUUUAAAUCUUAUAACAAAUUCUAAACAAUCUAACUUUGUUUUUCUUCAAAAUUUAUACCCAAGAAUAAUACAUUCCUUAAAUCAAUCUUACUGCAGAUAAAAAAACUGCAUCUUACCGCUAUAUAGAACACAGCUAUCCACUGAAGGUUAACCAAUACAGUAACUGUAAGGAGACGAGGGUUUUUUUUGUUUUUUUGUGAUUUCUUUUUUUGUUUUUUUCCAACUGCACUUUGUAGUCACUUUUUUUUGUUUAAUUUAGUCACGUAAUAAUUAGUGUGUGAUUCACUAUGUUCCAGUAAUGUUUUACAAAAAAAAACUGUGAAAAAAAAAAUAUUGAGCUGCGUAUUUUCACUAAAAAUGUAUAAACCUAAAUCCAUGAUCCUAUAAAAUGCAAAAUUGUUUUACAUAUCACCGUUGUAACUUAAAUUGUGUUAACAUUUUUAAAGUGCCUAUUUAUGUUUUUUUAUACGUUUCAGACACUUGCUUAAAAAAUGCAGGCGUUUGAAAAUUAAGUUUGUGAUUUUUUUGUUGUUGGUGUAAGUAAACUAUAUAUAAAAAAAGCCAAAUCCAGAUUUUUUUUAAUUUUUUUUUUUUUUUUAAAUCUACAUUUUUUGCAAAAUGUAAGCGAGUAAACUACUGCGGUUUAAGUGGCCUGCAGACUGCCGUUGACGGGCUUUUUCUAGGUGCCAAUGCAGAAUGAUGUUUUUAGGUCAGUGCUAAUGUAAGUUGCGGUUCUGUAAUGCUGAACAUUUUUUUUUUAUUAUUUUUUUUUUUUAAAUGGCUCAAAAAAUAAUGAACCCCUGAUUAUUUGUAACUGUGUCUGUCUGUCACAGGCUUUGAGCUUAGUAGUAAUUAUAGUUGUAGGAGCAAAACCUGUUAGUAGCAGAACUGAAAAAAACACUGUUUUUAUUAUAAUGUACAUUUAACAAUGGAAAUAUGCAAUAAAGACAGUAAUUCUUUCAUGUGUAUAAAAA